UGAAUCCUAUAUAAAUCCUAGACUAUUUCAGAUAUCCUGUUCAGUACGAAGAAUCCUUGAAUACCGUCAUCAUUCAAGAGGCUAUAAGAUACAAUAAACUUCUGCUUGUUAUAAAGACGACGCUAAAUGAACUUUUGAAGGCGUUGAAAGGUCUGGUGGUGAUGUCUGAGGCUUUGGAAAAAAUGACCCUUAGUCUAUUCAGCAAUAUGGUACCUGCGUUAUGGGCCAGCAAAGCUUACCCGUCCCUCAAACCUCUAGGUGCAUGGGUAACAGACCUUAGGGCACGAGUACAAUUUUUGAAUAAAUGGGUCGAUGAAGGCAUUCCUCCAGUAUUUUGGAUAUCUGGAUUCUAUUUUCCUCAAGCUUUUCUAACAGGGACCCUUCAAAAUUAUGCCAGAAAAUAUUUAGUUUCGAUUGAUACCAUAAAUUUCGCUUUUGAAGUGAUGAAUGUUCCUGUGACAAAAAGACCUUCAGAUGGAUGUUGUAUUUGGGGUUUGUUUUUGGAAGGAGCACGUUGGAACCAUAUCAAAAUGGUACUGGAUGAAUCGAACCCAAAAGAACUAUAUACCGAAAUGCCUGUCGUUUGGUUGAAGCCAGAGGAACAUCAUCAACAACCAGAAGACACAUACUUGUGUCCUGUAUACAAAACACUUACAAGAGCGGGAGUUCUUUCAACAACAGGUCAUUCGACCAAUUAUGUUUUAGCGAUAGAAAUACCUAGUCAGAAGUCUCAACAGCACUGGAUCAAAGGCGGUGUUGCUUUUCAUAAAUUAUUUUACUUGUAG